AUGCCCGGGCGCCGGCGCCUUCCAGCGGGGGCGCGAUCUGACCUCCCGCCUUUGAAAAUCAUCCGGAAGAUCCUCCUGCUCCAGGUUGCCUACUAUGCCUGCGCAACGGUGCUUAUCCUGUUCACGACGGUUGUCUAUGGCACUCCAUUCUCGCUGAACCUUGUCUUCGGAUGGAGUUCCUUGCGAGGUGAUACCACAGUCGGAUGGAUGCUAGGCUUGGUUUGGAUGUUGAAUUGUAUUAUUAGCGUGGUUUUCCUUCUUAUCUUCGUGUCUCGCUCUAAGUUGGUUCCCGAUUUCGCCCUAACGAUUCACUUCCUUCAUCUUGUCGCCACCACCCUCUACACCCGAGCUCUUCCUACGAACCUGCUUUGGUGGGGACUCCAGUUCGCCAGCGCGGCCAUGAUGAUUUUCCUUGGUAUGUGGGCAUGCCAACAUCGCGAGCUGAAGCCCAUCAGCUUCGGCGGAUUCGGAAGCAGCAGCCAAGCCUCUUCAUCCCAACAACCCGCCGGGGAUAGCCAACAAGAGUCCAGUUUCGGCCGAGGCCGAGGCCGGGAGCGCAGUCUCCAGGCUGGAGUGGGCGAGUACGAAAUGGAUGACAUGAAGACUGGCGAGCACGCCGUAUAA